GGCUGGUGUGCCGCUCUAGCAAAUCUGGCUGAAGUUUCAAGCUCAGUAAACAAGCGCUUACAGAGCGCCUCUUCUCAGCUUCUCCAGUUCGAGGCCAAUUAUGCAGAAUGGGAGCACGAGUUGGCCAAGUGA